AUGACUAGCGCAGCCACAACGCCUCAGCCUGCUGAGGCGUCCUCCACCUCUCGUCUCUACCGUCGCGCUUCUUGCUUUUCUUCUCGCGCUUCGCGAUCCUUCUCUCCCUCACUGUUGUGCGAAAGUCGCGCGGAAGACAGAUUCAUUGCUCCGCCGUCACUGAGCCUGCUCCAUCGACUCCGAAGCGCAGUGAAGCAGCCUUCCCUUUCCACCAGUCUCAUCUCGCCCUCUGCUUCUCGCAACAGACUUGGGCGCCACUCGUCCUCUCCCGGAAACGCUUCUGCACUCCCUGUCUCUCCUUCCUCUCCUUCCUCUCCUUCUUCCUCUUCUUCCUCUUCUUCCUCUUUCCAGGGAGAGAGAGGAGUGAAGAGUGAAGCGAAGAGAGAAGGUCGAGCGCGGAGAGGAGCAGGGAGACAGUUGGAGCUGCAAGAGCUGCAGGCUCACGAGGCGUAUCGGCGGCUGUUGUGUGCAAGUCUUUUGCCGACUUUGUCUGCAGAAGUCAAGUCGCGACGCAGCGGAGAAGAAGACCUCCUCGACAGUUCCUCGCAAGGAGUCUCGGACCGCGAGGCGCCGCGAGAAACAGCAGAGAGAAGACACACUCCACGCAGAGCCGCGCCUUCUUCUCCGGCCUCCACGCCCAGACGCCGAGUAAAACAUCUGUUGUCUCCUACAUGCUCGCUCCCGUCCAAAGUCAGAAAACGCUUCCACCUUCUCGACCUCGCGGGGGAAGCGACGCCAGAGUCGCUCUCUCCUUCCUCCUUCUUCGCCGACGAAAACGCUCGACCUGCGUCGGAGGUCUCGUCCCGCCUCUCUCACUCUCCCGGUGACCCCCGUGGACGGCCCAGCCGCAGACGCAGUCUACAGGAAGAACAAGAGAGACAAGAGGGGGAACAUGAGAGAGAACGAGAGAGAGACUGUGGAGAGGAAGGCGACUCGUUUUUUGCCUCUCCUCUGGGCAUGGCGACGGUCUGGGAUGAAUGUGGUGACGACAGGGUCGAAGAGCCUUUUCUGGGUAGCGACGAAGACUCCUGUGAAGAAGAAGAAGACCAAUCGAACCAAUCAGCCGCUGUCCCUCAGCGACCGUACCGUACUCUUCCUGCUCCGGAUCUGCUGGACGACUUUUACUUAAACCUCGUCGACUGGAGCCGCGCGAAUCUCCUCGCGGUGGCUCUCAAAUCGAAGCUUUUUCUUUGGUCUCCACAGCCGCGACACUUUGCUGACGGUCGACAGGCGCGUCUCCUCUUCAGCGCCAGCGGAACAAGUAUCCCCCUUGCCGACGGAGGAGAAGGACGAGAGGACGGCGUGGUGUGCGUGAAGUUUUCGCCGCAAUUCUCCUCGCUGCUUCUCGUCGGUUUCCGAAGCGGACUGGCGGAGAUCUGGGAUGUACAUGCAGAGAAGAAGCUGCGCUCUCUCAGGGGCCAUGCCAGCAGAUGCACCGUCGCCGCGUGGACUCCCUCGCAACUGACCGUCGCAACUGGAGCGCGAGAUCAACGCAUUCUCAUUCGAGACCUUCGCCUUGCGUCUCCCUACGUCUCCUGUUUGACCGGGCAUGGCAGCGAGUUGUGCGGCUUGCAGGUGUCUCCGUCGGAGACUCUGUUGGCCAGCGGCGGGAACGACAAUUUGCUGUGUGUUUGGGACUUCCGCUCGCUGCCUUUCUCUUCUCCUGUCUCCGCUUCUCCUGUCUCCGCGUCUUCUGUCUCUGCUCCCGCGACUGCCCGCUGGGGAACGGUCUCUUCGCUCUUCGCUUCCAGCGUCUCUGCUCUGUACGGCGCCGGCGGCCGCCUCGGGUCUCGCGACGUCUUCUCCGAACGGCUCAGAAAGCCUCUCUCUCCUCUCGCCGUCCCUGCGAGCCAAAGUGCCGGCUUUCCUCUCUCUUCUGCAGCUUCGCUCGCCAGCUGGGCCGCUGUUCGCGAGAGGCAGAACAGCUUUCUCGAUCGCUCCUACGCGUUUCAGGCCUCGGGCGCCACUGUCCCCACUGUGGGGUCCGGAGGUGUCUCCUUUGUCGACUCUGAGCGCGGCUCGCUUGGGCUGCAAGCGCGUCCUUCACGCUCGCAGCGCUUCGGUCUCCCGACUUUUUCCUCCUCCUCGACUCCGUCCUUCCCUGCUCCGCUUCCCGUGGUGCCGCGCGUCUCCGCCUGGCAAGAAGAUCCCGGCGCACCCGAGGAGACAGAAGAGCGAGAAGCGCCGGACGCGCGAGAGUUCCGCAUCGGCUCGUCUUCUUCCGGUUCUGCUGUCCUCUUCUCCUCGCCGACCGCGGCCCCCAGCGGCUGGAGAGGCUCCAGUCUCCUGCGGGCGCCUGACUCGCUGCCUGACACUUCGCUCCGGCUGUCUCCUUUCCAAGUUUGGACGUCGUCUCUCUCUCUCUUUGGGGCAGAAGAGAGAUGUCCGUUCGAAAGAGAAGCGAACGAUGCAGGCACACGCGGUCGCGGCCUUUUUUCUCUUCCGGAAACGCAUGCAGGCUUUGAAACGACCCUGAGUUCGCACAUGUCCUCGCCUUUUGUGUCGACAGUCCCUGCUGCCUCGGCGCUUCUCUCCGACCGGACGCGACAGCUGUUUUCGCCUUCUCUGGGCACUGGCGCCGUCGCCUCUCCCUAUGGAUCUCCUUUCACAGCUGGGGGAGGCUCGAGUUCCUCGCGGCAACUCUUCGCUGCUCCAGGGCGAAGCCGAAGCACCGAACGAGACCGGACCCUCUCUGCGUUCUCUUCGCUUCCUGCUCCGGUCCCGCCGGUGGCUCCUGCGUUUGGAGACACCUUAUUCUCUGGCCGCGAGCGGAGAGAAACGCUCAGACCUGCGGGGACGCUGGGCCUGGCGACGAGUGCCAGGUCCUUUCCUGGAGCCCAACUGGCGCCCGCGCCGGGCGCCCCCCGCCGCGGCGCGCCGAGAGACGCGAGGCCCGGCGCCGGAGCCCUCGCGAGAGACAAAAGAGACAGGAGCCGCUCGACUCCGCUUUUUGCAUACGAGGAACAUUCGGCUGCGGUGAAGGCCGUCGCUUGGUCCCCGCAUGCGUCGGGACUUCUGGCGAGUGGAGGCGGCACGGCGGAUCGACAUGUCCGGUUCUGGAACACAAACGUAGCGACGACGUCCUCCGUCCACCGUUUCGACGUCGGCUGCCAGGUCUGCAAUCUGUGUUUUUCGCCGCACUCCGAGGAGCUCCUGUCGACGCACGGCUUCUCCUUGAAUCAAGUCUUUGUAUGGUCUUACUCUCCCCGUCUUCUCUCCUCUUCCGCUGCUUCCUAUGCCCGGCCUUCUUUCCUCGCAUCGUCUCCCUCCUCCCUCCCCGACGCCUCUCUGAUCUCAGCCUUCUCCUCGCCGUGUCUCUCCACCGCGGCAGUGGAGCGCCCUAUGGGGAAAACUGCGACUCUCUCAGGUCACACAGCGCGUGUAUUGUUCGUAGCCGUUUCGCCCUGCGGCCGCCGCGCCGUGACGGGUGCGGGCAAAGGAGACGAGACCCUCAAGUUUUGGAAGGUUUUUCAGGGGAACGCAGGCGCGAAGCAUCGAACCCAAGGAGAACCAUUCGACGAUUUUUUCUCUCGAGGACUGAGAGCCUCUGGUCGGAGAAGUCGCGCGAGGUGGGCAGGCAACCGAGAGACAGACGAAAACGAAGACACCGAAUACACCCGCGAACAAGAAGAGGAAGAUAUCGACGCCUGGCGUUAGCGCGGCUCUGCCAGACACGACGCGUGGAGGCGAAACGCGCGAUGCCGUGGAAGGACAGCCGCGCACUGUCAUCAGCGACUGAAGACCUUUUUCUUCCGUGAUAGGACAUGCGCAAGAGUAGCUGUGGAUAUAGCGGGGAACGCGACUCUCUUUCCUUAGCACCGAGAUCGACUCUCAGGGCGAGUUUUUCCUCUGCACUAUCCCUUUUUUCGGCUUCGUUCAAAGUCUUUUUUUCCACCUCACACGACACCCUGCGCAGGCAGCUGUGCGAUGUGACAGAGCAAAACGCAGGAAGGGUGUGAACCCACUCGACGGCUCCUGCUCGCGACUUCUUCGAGGAGACGCAGGUGCAGAGAAACUGACGGUAACUGCUUAACUUCUCCAGCGUUC